AUGGCGGCGAGGCUAGUGCAGCCGCACGCGCCGACAGACGCCGAACAAAUGCAGGAUUACCUCAUCAACUGGAAUGCCGGACCGCUGGGCGUGGUGCUGCGUCCCGAUCUGGGUGCCGACAUGCCCCCCGUCGUGGCGCAGAUGCUGCCUCAGCCUUCUGUACUCAAGAUGGCUGGUGUGCGGGAAGGAGAUCUGCUCAUCAGCGUCAACGGCAAGAAAACGACGCGUUUGGGAUACGAGAAAGUGGUGCGUCUGCUCUUCAAGGAGCGUCUCCCCAUGGUUUUGCACUUCCGCUCGCCGCUGCAAGUGCCCGAGAUGCAGCGCGGCGUCUCGGGGGCCAUCGCUGAAGAGCCGUCUUCUGCACGUGGAGGCCGCUCACGCGCCUGCAGCUCAUCACGACCAAGCCAGCAGCCUAAAAGUCGCUCUAGAGGCCGCUCGGACGUGGACACGCACGCGCUGAUUGAGCAGAAACGCAACCCGAACGUACAGAACUUCAGUAUAGACAGCGACGUGUCGACCAAGUCAGAGAAGAAGAAGAGCAAGAGGAAGCACAAGCACAAGCAUGGAGCCGAGGCUGAGGCCGAGGAGAGACGACUCAGGAAGCAGUACAGUGUCGUGUGGGAACGAGGCUCGCUCGGUAUUUCCUUCCGAGCGUACAACUCCAAGGUGAACGUCCCGUGUGUGGACUUUAUCAGUGCCAGUAGAGGACUGGGACGGGGUAUGGAUCGAGUGUGUGUCAACGACGUGCUCAUUUCCAUCAACGGAGAAAAGACCAAGGCUUUAGGUGUCGAGAAGGUGUUGCGAUGGCUACAUGUCAUUGAGAAGCCUGUGGUGCUGAGGUUCCACGCGUCGUCGAACCGCAUUUUGAACCCGGCGGGAGGUUUAUUGCCGCAACUGGCGGAUGAAGACGCGUCGGAGAGACCGAGACGACCCACGAUGCCUUUGCCUCUGCCACAGCCAGAGUAUGAGCCACCUCCACGACCUCCGCGUCGCAACAACAGCGUGGACCAACCGAUGCCACAGCAGAGGAUGGAGCGUGGCUAUUCUGACGACAGGGAGUACGAACUGCAGCCUGCUAUAGCACCACGACGAUACUCGCGAGACAGCGCCACGUACUUUGAGCAGCAGCCGAUUGAGGACUACGACGCACAGUAUCAAUUCGGAGCGUCAAAGAUUGAAACAAAGGAGCGACGAUACUCCAAGAACUCGAUGAAUGCGUACGCGCAUGGUCAUGAUGAGGACGGCGUGGCUGGAGAUUUCCGUCGUGAGCCAAAGGAUGAUCGUCAUCAGCAACGGUCUGAGGAAUAUUUCAACCAGCCGCAUCUGCUGCUGCCUCCUCCUGUGAGAAUUCGGACGAAUUCUGCUUCACGAGACGAUAUCCGACGUCAGCAGCAAUUAGAAAGCAAACCUGCGCCGCCACUUACAACUGACGCUGCGGAUCGUCCACGCUUGGCGUCUCGCGAUAGCCAAGUCAGCAACUCAUCUCACUUGAGUUUCGAAGAGGCUACUGGUGUUGUUGCCCGUGCUGCAGGAAAGCCCAAGGAAGAGUGUGAGUUUGGAGGAGUACCACUGCUCGAUAUUAAGGAAGGAACGGUGCAGGCCAAGCUCAUGUACAUCUACGCCAAGGCGUGUCUAGCUAAGGAGGGCAGUUCGGACGACGAACCUGCUCCGAAGGAUCCUCAGCCGUCUCGGACUCCCGGGAACCCGCUCGGUCGCAAGACGCACUCGAACUAUUUGUCGUAUACGAUUCUGCAGGACGACGCCGUAGCUUCCAACCCCAUUCUCAGCCAGACGAAUGGUGAUGCCGGCCACGACCACAAGGUCGAACCCGAGGAGCACAAGCUGGACGUUAUCAACGACGUUAAUAGCGGCCACGAGCUCAAGCGAAGCGGAAUCUUCAGUGACAAUCUGGAUGAGAGUUUCGCAAAGAUGCAGAAGGACAUUUCUAUCCAGCAACCACCGAUUCCGGUCCUAACCCCGUCACUAUCCUCUGCAGGACCUUCGUCCCCGGUUAGUAGUGACGCCACCCCGACUGUGACUCCUGCUCCUGCACCUGUGACUCCCGCUGAAGACUUUAUAUCACUCAAGGACUUUGUCAUGAAGGGCGAUGGGAGGUUGUCGGAACGUCACACAACCUCGAGUCUCAACAGUACGGCGACGCCAGUGCAGCCAACGGAUGGCGGCGAGACCGAUAAGACGGACGAGCAGCAAGAUAAGCAGUCAACAGUGGCCAAGACUGAAGAAACGACUAUCGAGGCGAGCAGUGGGCUGAUGCUGGAGGAGCUGAAAUCGUCCGAGUCGAAGGAGACUGUUCGUGAGCUUGUGGUGGACGAGCUCGAAGUGGCAGAGCCGAUGGAGGCUAGCGGCCAAGAGACGGAGGAAGUAGAGACUGGAAAGGAUGAAGUCGAGCAGAAGGAGGGACCCAAGGAAGAACCUAUUGAUAUGGCUGAGCUUGAAGAAGAGCACGCUGACGAGACACUGCACGAAGAGGAUGACGCUGCCAGCGUCGACAGCUCGAAUGAACGAGACUUGGCGGCGAGUGUGGCGUCACUUGAUGACCUGCUUGAUCUCAAGGAUGGCAAUCACGAUGACGAAGAGCACGAGGAGUUUGUCGACGAUGACGAAGAUGAGCAGGAGAGCGAAAAGAAUGAGAAGAGUGACGCAAACGAAAAGGAGACAAUGAAUACUUCGCUGGGUAUGAAGUUGGACCAGGUCCAAGAGGAGGAGACUGAUGACCACGACGUCCAUGCGCAGCACGAGAAGGAACAGGAACAAGAGGGGCACGAAGCGCACGACGACGACCUAGAGAAUGAGGAUGGUGCCUUGUCCAACCCGCUUGUGAAUGAGCUUUUCCGUAAUAUUCCGGAUGUGCGUCAAGUUAUCAAGGACAAGCCCGCGCUUGUGGUGUUGGUGAAGAAGACUAUGAUUGACGAGAUCCAGGAAAUUCUCCUGAGCUUGCAGAUGGAGCUGCAGCUCGAGCGGCACUCUACUAUGGCUGUUGGCUCUACUGCUAGCCCGCUUCGGGACUCGCAACAAGGUCGUAAUACAGAGGGCGAGCACUGCCAUCGUUGUGGCGCCACUGGCGAGCUCGCAGAGCUGGACGUUGCAGGAGGGCAGCGUGAACUGUACUGCCAGGAGUGCUGGGAGCUGCUUUUCUUCAGCGAGGACCGCCAAUCUCUAGUAGCCAGAACCAGCAAGAAGCUGGCGCCGUCGGAGGCUGGGCGACUCAGUGCUGACGAAGACGCACUGGACGAAGCGCUCAAGUACAGCUUCCACGACAGCGCCAUAACUCGUGAGGAUAUGAUCCACCCGUGGCGUUAUCUGCAGGGCAGUGACUCCAUUUCGUCAUCUAUCCGUGACUCGAACGAUUCGAGUAUCACCAGUCGUACCGAUGAGGUGUGGCUGUAA